ACCCAUGUGACUGAUCACAUGAUUGUGACAUCACUGAAGGUCCUUAAGACACCUGGAAUCUUCUAUAUACAGGGAGGGGGAGGUCUCCAUCAGUGGUCGGGGGUCUCCCUUUCUUCUCCUGACUGCCCCCUAAGGAUGGAGAAGGACCUGGAUGUGAUGGAGGAGAGAAUAUUACACGUGGCCCUAGAGAUCAUGUCCCUGCUGAGCGGAGAGGAUUACAUGGUAGUGAAGACAGAAGAGGGGGAAGGAUGGAGCAGGGAGCAGGUUCCUAUAUCGCUGCCUCCACCUCACUCACUGAUACAUAAGGGAAACAGUCAUCAGGAGAUCCUGGAACUCAUCAACAAGAUGGCCGACCUGCUGACUGGAGAGGUUCCUAUAAGGUGUCAGGACGUCACUGUCUAUUUCUCCAUGGAGGAGUGGGAGUAUAUAGAAGGACACAAGGAUCUGUACCAGGACAUAGUCAUGAUGGGGGAUCACCGGACCCCAACAUCACCACUGGAUAUAGACCCAACAAGGAUGGAGAAGGCCAGAAAGCACAUGGCUGCCAGGAUAUUACACCUCACCCUAGAGAUAAUCCACCUGAUAACCGGAGAGGAUUACACAGUAGUGAAGAAGUGGUCUGGUGAGUGUGUGACCCCCCGUGUGUCAGGAGGAUCGGGCACCACCCAGAGCCCCACCCCCGAGGAGCCUCCACCUCAUUCACUGAUACAUGAGCAGAAGAUCCUAGAACUGACCACCAGGAUGACUGAGCUGCUGACUGGAGAGGUGACACUGCUGGGAAUGCUGGGACAUUAUACAAUAAGGGAGGGCUCUGCUGAUGACUGUAUCAUUGUGUGUGUCAGGUUCCUAUAAGGUGUCAGGACGUCACUGUCUAUUUCUCCAUGGAGGAGUGGGAGUAUAUAGAAGGACACAAGGAUCUGUACCAGGACAUAGUCAUGAUGGGGGAUCACCGGCCCCCAACAUCACCACUGGAUUGGUCCAGUCAGAGGAAUCC